ACUCUUCAUUGAGUGAACUUCCCACACACUCGGGAAAGAACACCGAAAGCGGUUGAAGAUCUUUUGGGUUCUUCAUUUCAAAAUCCGAUCGCUAUUAUUUAAUUAAUUAAAAACUCUUCGUUUCUCUCUUGCCUUUCAUUUCCUUAACAAAUUCCUCAUUUCCAAGGGGCCUCCACUCGGGACCUAUGUCCGCUUCGACGGUGUCGAUCACGGCCAACACAGCGGCUCGGCGGAGACCGGUUGUUGUCGGUGAGAAGAAGUCCAACCUAGAACUCUUCCCCAACGAGGCACUAGUAAAUGGUUUCGGCGGCGACGAUAGGGUUCCUACUGCCGCUGCCAAUAGCAAAGAUCUGAGCCACCACUCAAUCAGAGGCGAGCCGGUCCCGCAGGUGAAAAAGUCUCUCCCUAAUUCCACUGGAUCCCCGCGCCGAACUCGUAAGGUCGCCGUUACGAGACCUGAGAAGCCUUUGUGGCUGAGGGUAGUGAGUGUGUUCGCCAAGAAUUUCGUGCUGUUUUUGAUACUUAUUGGAUUGGUUCAGAUGGUUAGGAAACUGGCCUUCAAAUCUGGGGAUCCUGUGUUGGUGACGCAGAUGGGAUUAUCUGAACUCGAGCAGAGAAUUGCGGAAGUAGAGAGGACCAUGAAGACCACAUCGAGAAUGCUUCAAGGGCAAGUGGAGAUUGUCGACAAGAAGAUCGUGAAUGAGGUUGAAGGACUGAGAAAGGAAGUGGACAAGAAGAUUGAGGAAAAUGGUAAAUAUUUUAAAAGCGAGUUGAAGAAGCUAGCGGCAAGGAGUGACGUAAUGGAGGGGUUAUUGAGAGAAUUGAACUUGGCAGAUUGGUUAUCAAAGGAAGAGUUUGAUAAGUUUAUUGAGGAGUUGCCGAAAGGGAAGAUCGGUGAUGAAAAUGGUGUAAGUCUGGAUGAUUUGAGGGCUUAUGCAAGGGAUAUGGUUGUGAAAGAGAUUGAGAAGCACGCAGCAGAUGGGCUUGGGAGGAUCGACUAUGCACUGGCCUCUGGUGGGGCAACGGUUGUUAAGCACUCGGAAGCUAUUCUGACUGGGAGUCGAGGCAAUUGGUUAGCACUGCCACUGCUUAAUAGAGAUUCUGUUCACAAGGAUGCAGAGAAGAUGCUGAAACCAAGUUUUGGUGAGCCAGGGCAGUGUUUUCCGUUGAAAGGAAGUAGCGGGUUUGUUCAGAUUAGGCUGCGAAGUGCUAUUGUGCCUGAGGCGGUCACUUUGGAACAUGUUGCAAAGAAUGUUGCAUAUGACAGAUCAAGUGCGCCAAAAGAAUGCCGUGUCUCUGGGUGGCUGCACGGUGCUGGUCUUAGUACAGCAGAUGGUGCUGAGAAGAUGCUUCUAUUGACAGAAUUUACGUAUGACUUGGAGAAGAGCAAUGCUCAGACCUUCAACAUAUUGGACUCAGCCGCCUCUGGUAUCAUUGACACAGUCAGAUUUGACUUCACAUCUAACCAUGGUCACGACAGUUUUACUUGCAUUUAUCGCUUGAGGGUGCAUGGUCAUGAGCCCGAAUCAGUUUCCACGAUACCCGCACUGGCAUGAUACAGCAUAUGAAAAUAUACACUCCAUUGUAGUUGUGUAUGAUUUUGUUCAUUGUGUAGCUCGCACUUUGUAGCUUAUAGAUUUGUAGUUGCUAGAUGCAGAGUCUACCUGUACCUGUGUGAUUAGGUUUACUUGUCCAAAAUGUGAGAUUUUCUUCACGAUCACAAAGUUUUCGAUUCAAAUUGGGAAUGUCCUGCACUCUUAAAUAUAAAACAUAGAUUAUAUAAAUUAUAAGAUUGUCAGUA